AUGCCUUUCGCGCAACUUGUUCUUGGUAGCCCGGGCUGCGGAAAGAGUACCUACUGUGAUGGCAUGCACCAGUUCCUGGGCGCCAUUGGGCGAGCCUGUUCCGUUGUCAAUCUCGAUCCAGCCAACGAUCAUACAAACUACCCUGCAGCACUCGACAUUCGCAAUCUGAUUAAGCUCGAGGAGAUUAUGAAAGAUGAUAAACUAGGACCCAACGGUGGUAUCUUGUAUGCCUUGGAAGAACUGGAACACAAUUUUGAGUGGUUGGAAGAAGGAUUGAAAGAGUUCAGCGAAGACUACAUUCUCUUCGAUUGUCCUGGACAGGUGGAACUGUAUACACAUCACAACUCUUUGCGAAACAUAUUCUAUAAGCUACAGAAAAUCGGGUUCAGGCUUGUUUGUGUCCACCUCUCCGAUUCCUUCUGUCUCACACAACCGUCGCUAUAUGUUUCGAACGUCCUCCUCUCUCUUCGCGCGAUGAUUCAGAUGGAUAUGCCACACAUCAACAUUCUCUCCAAGAUCGACAAAGUUGCCGACUAUGACGAACUACCUUUCAACCUCGAUUACUACACAGACGUGGAUGACCUUACAUAUUUGACACCCCAUCUCGAGACCGAGUCGCCCGCUUUGAGGAGCGAAAAGUUUGGCAAACUCAACGAAGCGAUCGCAAAUUUGAUCGAGAGCUAUGGUCUGGUGCGCUAUGAGGUCCUGGCUGUCGAGAACAAGAAGAGCAUGAUGCAUAUUCUUCGCGUAAUUGACCGUGCUGGCGGAUACGUCUUUGGUGGUGCUGAAGGAGCCAAUGAUACAGUCUGGGCAGUUGCCAUGAGGAAUGAAUCGUCCAUGUUGGAAGUGCAGGACAUCCAAGAGCGCUGGGUCGACCAAAAAGUGGAAUAUGAUCAAAUGGAGCGCGAGGCCGAAGAAGAACAGGCUCGCAUCCAGGAAGAACAAGCCAUGGAGAUGGAGCAAUCACAACCAGCUCCUGCCCCAACAGGUGGCAUGGAUCCUGAUUUUGGUGACAUGACAGUACCCAAAGAUAGUGGGAUCAAAGUAGUCAAAAAGUAA